CUGUCGGUUGGGACCGCGAGGCCGCCCACAGGGAAAUUGUGGCAUUCCAGUUUGAAAUUUGAAGAGAUUGCGUUUACCCAAGAGAGCUGGUGCUUAUCUUCGGAUGGAUCGAUGGUGCUGUGCCAUAUUGCUGCUGGAGGUGGUCUGAUGUAAAACCGGGUUUAAAACAAAUCCAGUGCCUCGUCUUUGGUUCUCCAUUAACGUUUUCGACAUGGAGGUGGUGUCGGCAGAGGUGAACAGCUUGCUCCCGGAGGAGAUAAUGGACACCGGGAUAACGCUGGAGGACGAUGAGAACAUCGAGGCUGUGAUUGUGUCGUCUCCCAUGGGUGACUCCAUUCCCAUGGAAACGGAACUUGAAGAAGUGGCGAAUAUCAGCUCGGUGAGGGAUUCUGCAGCGACUGCCGCGUCAUCAGUCACCCCAGAGACCGUCACCGUGCCCAGCAACUGUGUGAGCUACGUCAUGGGCAAUACUGCCCCUGCAAAAAUCGACUCCAGCGCGGCCCUGCCACCUUCCUUUCCAAGCGGCCUCCAAAAGCUAGGCGCUCAAACCCCUGUCACCAUCUCAGCGAACCAGAUAAUUUUGAACAAGGCGACAGACCUGAAAAUUGGCAACCAGACGAUAAAACAGGAAGGCCAGAAGCUCAUCGUCACCACUCUGGGCAAGCCCGGGCAGCCCAUUGUCUUGGCACUGCCCCACAGCCAGCUGCCCCCCUCCCAGAAAGCCACGUCGCAGGCCCAAGUGAGCGACUCCAAAGUUCCCACGCAGCAGUUCAAAGUGGUGACGAUUGGAGGAAGGCCGGAGGUGAAGCCCGUCCUUGGCGUUUCAUCCUUGACCACAGGAAGCCAACUGGUAAAUCCUGCCGCCCAGUCUUCAGUGUUGCAGACCCAGCAAUUAAAGGCAGUGCAGAUUGCGAAGAAAACCGGAACACCCACGUCAGCCCCGGUGAUCACAAAGCUGAUCUUCACGAAACCAAUCAACAGCAAAGCCGUUACAGGGCAGACAACUCAAGUGUCGCCAGUCAUUGCAGGUAGAGUUCUGUCACAGACUAAUCCAGGAACACCUCCCAAAACUGUAACGAUCUCAGAAAGUGGAGUUAUUGGGACUUCGUUAAGUUCUACUAUACAGCAGACACCAAAUAAAAUAGCUAUCUCCCCCCUGAAGUCCCCGAACAAGCUGACGGUGGUGUCAGUCGCUUCGCAGCCUCCAAAUUCCCCACAGAAAGCGGUCGGUGUCCCUCUCAACGUAGCCCUGGGACAGCAGAUCCUCACAGUGCAGCAUUCAACACCCACUUCCCCAGGCAAGGCGGUAGCUAACAAUACAACCGCUCAGGCUGUGAAAUCUGCAGUGCAGACCCUCACUGUGGGGGGAGUGAGUACAUCCCAGUUUAAAACCAUAAUUCCCUUGGCGACGGCGUCCAACGUCCAGCAGAUCCACGUACCCGGAAACAAGUUCCACUACGUCCGGCUCGUCACGGCCACCACCGCCAACAGCUCGGCACAGCCCAUCGCUCAGAACCCCAGCACCAGCACUGCCCCCCUGCAGCAAGCUAAGCCAAUGGUAGUGAACGCGACCCCCGUGCGGAUGUCUGUUCCGAUUGUACCAGCAGCGCAGACCGUCAAACAGGUGGCGCCCAAACCAGUGAACACAACUUCACAGAUAGUUACCACGAGCCAGCCGCAGCAGAGACUUAUUAUGCCUGCCACACCACUGCCGCAGAUCCAACCAAACCUCACCAACCUUCCCCCGGGCACCGUGCUGGCUCCAGCCCCUGGCACAGGGAACAUGGGAUAUGCAGUUCUCCCGGCUCAGUACGUCACACAGCUACAGCAAUCCUCCUAUGUAUCCAUAGCAAGCAACACUGGUCUCAGCGCGACAUCGAGCAUCCAAACCCAAGCCCGACUGCCAUUCAAUGGAAUAAUACCCUCAGAGUCUGCAAAUCGUCCCCGAAAACCAUGCAAUUGUACAAAAUCCCUGUGUCUGAAGUUGUACUGCGACUGCUUUGCCAACGGCGAGUUCUGCAACAACUGCAACUGUACCAAUUGUUACAAUAACCUGGACCAUGAAAACGAGAGACAAAAAGCGAUCAAGGCCUGCCUUGACAGAAACCCUGAGGCAUUCAAGCCCAAAAUAGGAAAGGGAAAAGAAGGCGAGUCUGACAGACGGCACAGCAAAGGUUGCAACUGUAAGAGGUCCGGAUGCCUCAAAAACUAUUGUGAAUGCUACGAGGCGAAGAUCAUGUGUUCCUCGAUUUGUAAAUGUAUCGGCUGCAAGAACUUUGAAGAAAGCCCGGAGCGGAAGACGUUAAUGCAUUUGGCAGACGCUGCCGAGGUGCGAGUCCAGCAACAAACGGCUGCCAAGACAAAGCUCUCCUCGCAGAUUUCGGACCUGCUAACCAGGCCGGCACCAGCGCUGUCCAGUGGAGGGGGAAGGUUGCCGUUCACCUUUGUCACCAAGGAGGUCACAGACGCAACGUGCGACUGCUUACUCGCGCAAGCCGAGCAGGCCGAGAAGGCGGGGAAGUCGAAAGCAAUGGCGGAACGGAUGAUCCUGGAGGAGUUUGGGCGUUGCCUGAUGAGGAUCAUCAACGCGGCAGGAAAGUCCAAAAGCGAUGCUUGUGCCAUGAACUGCUGAC